UUUCUUAUGUUAAUAUCUUUAUCAUUGAAUUUAGCGGAUAGUAUGGCUUCAAAGCCUUUGAGUUAUUUGGAGUUCGUUGGUAGUCCUAGCAUAGAUAUACUUCCUAGGAAUAUACCUGUACAUUCUGAAGCUACAUCAAUAGUACGUAGAUAUAUCGAGGAGGAUAGUCCAUUGAGAUACGAUGAUUCCAUGAGAAUUCAAUUUAUUGCGUUCAAUCGUACUUUCAACAUUCAUCUCGAGCCUAAUUUAGAUUUAUUUCAUCCGGAAGCAACGAUCACUAUACAUCAUUCUAAUAAUACUAAAACAAUUACGAGACUAAGGCAUGAAGACCACAGACUAUAUAAGGGAGUC